AUGGCGAAUCGUAGAAGUGUUUUUCCUUGUGUGCUAAUGCUAAACUUGAUCUUAUUAGUUCUCUUCAUGCUGGACACUUAUCCAUACCCAACUCUGUCCCAAAAAGAUCCAAUCCAACCCUUUGGAUUUUUUAAGCAACUAGAGGGGUCUCAUAAAGGUGAGAGGGUAAGAGGCUUGCAUCAAGCUAAACAAUAUCUUAAGCAAUUCGGUUAUCUUAAUGUCCGAAGUAGACAUGAUUACGACGAUGAAUUUGAUGAUGUCUUAGAAUCUGCAAUCAAGACUUAUCAACUCAAUUACAAUCUAGAGACUAACGGAAUUCUAGACACUCCGACAGUGAAACAAAUGAUGAUGCCUAGAUGCGCAGUGCCUGACAUUGCAAGAGACGGCACAACUUCCAUGAAAUCAGGCAUGAAGCAUCAUCAGCAUGAUCAUGGCAAACACAAUGGGUCUUUUCACGUCGUCUCUCAUUAUAGCUUUUUCCCUGGGAAUCCAAAAUGGCCACCUGAAAAAAUGGAGCUCGUCUACCGAUUCCACUCUUCUGCUGUAGCUAAUGUUGGCCCGCUAACCCUGCAAUCUGCCUGUACGCGAGCUCUCUCUUCCUGGGCAGCUGUGAGUAAUUUUAGGUUCAGAGUACCAGCUUCUUUUCUAGAAAGGAAUGACAUUCUGAUUGGAUUCCACAGAUUUUUUCAUGGUGAUGGUAAUCCUUUUGAUGGUCCUUUAGGAGUUCUCGCUCAUGCUUAUGCACCACAAAGUGGAGCGACUCAUCUUGAUGCAGAUGAAAGAUGGAGUACUAAUCCUGAUCAAAACAUGAUUGAUUUAGAAACGGUGUGUCUUCAUGAGCUCGGGCAUGUUUUAGGACUUGGCCAUAGCUCCGAUACAAAUGCGGUUAUGUUUCCUAGCAUCGCAGGUGGACAGAAAAAGAGGACACCGAUGGCAGAUGAUAUUAAUGGAAUACGUGCAUUAUAUAUAUAG